UUCGCGCCCGCCUGAGUGAAGGCAGCAGGAGGGGAUGCGCGCGCGGCGGCGGCGGGGAACGUUGGCCGCCCGGCUGCUCCGCUGAUGCGCCCCGAGGCGUUGAGGGCCGCGCCGGGCCCGGCUCGAAGCCGCCGCCGUCGCCGCAGGUAGUGAGAGUGUGGGAGGCGGAGUAGGGCGAGGAGGACCGGACGGGACGGGACCAUGAGGCUCCGCAUCUACAAGCGCAAAGUGCUGGCGCUGCUGCUGGCCUUGGGCGCCGGCGCUUGUGCCCUGGCGCUUUGGGGAGGCGCGGGCGAGGCCGGCGGCAAGCGGGAGGAACCGCCGCCGCCGCCACCCCCGGGAGACCAGCCUCUGCCGCCGGCCGUGGCCAGCAGCAGCAGCCUUCCUGCCCGCGGGCGGCUCUCCAACUCGUCCUCGGCGUGGCCCCCGCGGGAAGAGGCGGCGGCGCUGGGGCUGAACCGGACGCUGCACUACCGCUCGCUGGUCUACCGGCUCAACUUCGACCAGCCGGUGCGCAACGAGGCGCGCUGGCGGCCGGGCCCGGCAUCAGAAGCGGUGGCGGUGGUGGUGCAGGUGCACGAGCGCGCCGAGCACCUCCGGCUGCUGCUGGCCUCGCUGCGGCGCGCCCCCGGCGUGGAGAAGGUGCUGCUGGUGCUCAGCCACGACGUGUGGUCCGCCGAGCUGAACGCGCUGGCCGCCUCGGUGGACUUCUGCGCCGUCCUGCAGGUCUUCUUCCCCUUCAGCCUGCAGCUCUACCCAGGCGAGUUCCCGGGCACGGACCUGCGGGACUGCCCGCGCGACGUGGGCCAGGCGGAGGCGCUGCGCCUCGGCUGCCUCAACGCCCAGUACCCGGACGGCUUUGGCCACUACCGUGAGGCCUCCUUCGCCCAGACCAAGCACCACUGGUGGUGGAAGCUGCACUUCGUCUGGGAGCGGGUGCGGGCCCUGCGGGAGCACCCAGGCCUGGUCCUCUUCCUGGAGGAGGACCACUACCUGGCCCCCGACUUCUACCAGGUCCUGCAGCGCCUCUGGGCUGUGCGCCAGCAGGACUGCCCUGAGUGCCAGGUGCUCUCGCUGGGCACCUAUGCCACAGUGCGCGGCAGCUUUGCUGCUCGGGCUGAUAAGGUGGAGCUCAAGACGUGGAAGUCCACGGAGCACAACAUGGGUAUGGCCUUUGCCCGGGACACCUACCAGCAGCUGAUCGCCUGCACCGAUGCCUUCUGCACCUACGACGACUACAACUGGGACUGGACCCUGCAACACUUGACUGUCAGCUGCCUGCCCCGGUUCUGGAAGGUGCUGGUCCCUGAGAUCCCCCGGGUCUUCCACACCGGCGACUGUGGCAUGCAUCACAAGAAAUCUUGCCAACCCUCUGUCCAGAGUGCCAAAAUUGACUCGCUGUUAAACAGCAACCAACAGUACCUGUUUCCUGAAACCAUGACUAUCAGCAAGAGGUACUCCGUGGCCCCCCUAAGCCCCCAUGUGAAAAAUGGGGGCUGGGGUGACAUUCGGGACCAUGAACUCUGCAAAAGUUAUCGAAGACUGCAGUGAGAGAAUGACAACAUGGAGCCUUUUUCAUUCUCAGCUGGGCCUGUCCUGUCUCUUACAAAGAUCAAAAAAAAGGAAAUUUAUUGAUUGGUUUCUGCUUUAAUAUGAACAGUGGUUAUUCUAAAAAGUGUCAUAUGGCGGUUGUUUUUGAGGCAGAAAGGUUCUUUAGGCAAAUGUUAACAAUAAAAAUGCUACUUAUUUACUGGGAAAUUGAAGAUUUUUAUCUAGGCCUUUUUAUAAAGUGUUUGACGCUUUCAACCACCCCAAAUUCCUUUUUCUUUCUAAACGUCUGAAUAUCAAGACAGCAGAUGGGAAAUGUUCCUAAAACAACAGGUUCACUUCCCCAAAGACUUUGUUUUAAAAAGUUUAGCCCUUAAUUGGCUUUUUAACUCCCCCCCCAUUGUUUAUCAUAAUGAAGAGAAUCUGCUGUCAUUCAGUAUUCCAUAAUCCUGUACAGUCUUGCUUGAAAUUUAGUACCUUAAUAUCUGCAAAAGCAUUUAUUCGUUAUGUGCUUAUUAUGAGAAAGUUGGAAAUCCGUUUCUUUUCACUUUAAUGUAGAAAUACGCAACUCUUUUUUUAGUUCUGCCAAAAUAAAAGUUCAUGUUUUUGUAA